AUGUUUAAACACUUAAAUAAGAAAACAGAAAAGUAAAAGAACUAAAAUAAAAUUCAAAUAGAUUAUAAUGAUUCUAGCAGAAAUAUUGGUUAAAUUCAAAGAAUUUAUAGUCAAUUAUAAGAUGUUACCACAGAAACUACUGCUUUUAAUUAGAAUCUAUCUUGUUUGAAGUUAAAGAUUUCAAUUCUUUUAGCUAAUAAAUUAGAAUGA